GCAGGUGUCAUCAUUGGAAAAGGUGAAUUUUUCGAACCAGUCUUACUGACAAUUGUUAUCUAUCAUUCUUACUUACUUUCUAAGCGUUUCAUAUAUCUAGGCGGUAAAAAUGUUGCUGAAAUGAGAGAAUUGACAGGUGUAAAAGCAGGUGUGUCGAAGGUGGUCCAAGGCGUACCUGACCGUGUUCUGACUGUCAGUGGUACUUUAGAAGGUGUUGCUCAAGCAUAUGGCUAUAUUGCCCAAACUUUACUAGAUAAUCCUAUUACGCCUUUAUCAGUAAUGCAACAACAUCAACAUCAACAAUCAAAUGCAACAACAGUAACAACUGUGCGUUUACUAAUAUCCCAUAAUUUGAUGGGAACCGUGAUUGGACGUCAAGGUGCAAAAAUAAAGCAUAUCCAAGAUACCACUGGUGUCCGUAUGAUGGCUUCAAAAACACUACUAUCGCAGAGCACUGAACGUGUCGUGGAAGUCAAAGGCACUGUGGAUGCUAUUCAUAAAGCCAUAGCAGAAAUCGGGUAUUGUUUGAUUGAAGAUAAAGAUAGAUCUUACGGCACAAUUCUGUAUAAUCCAACAAAAGCACUCAUUGUGGCUAACCAAACAGCGGCAGCGGCAACUGGAAGCGGAGGAGUGGCUGGUGGAGCUGGAUUAGGGACAAGUAUCGGCACAUCAGCAUUGCCUCAUCAUCUUUCAAACAAUAAUAGCAAGAGUAGUCAUUAUCAUCAUCACAGUCAUAAUAAUCAUCAUUACCAUUCUCAUCAUCAGCCUCAGCACUCUUCCAAUAAUUAUUCAUAUAAUGCAAAUCCUGCUGCUGCACCAGUGACGGCAAUCCCAACAUUGCCCCCACAAGCUUUGCAGCAAUCACCACAUAUAACAAUGAAUCACUCCAUGAUGCCUGGUAGCACCGGUGUGGGUUAUUUCAGUAAUAAUAAUAACAACAACACAUCCAUAUUACCCACAGCAACGGUUCCUCCACAACCUUAUCAGCAAGCGCCAUAUCCAUCUUUCCCUCAGUCGCCACACCAGCAUAAUGCCUUUUUCACUACUACUUCUGCAAAUACUCCUCAUAAUAAUCAUAUUAAUACUAAUCCUCACAACAAUCAUAACGGAAAUAGUAAUAGCAGCAAUGAUAUCAAUAACGACACCAACAUCCGCACCCAAAAUAUCUCUAUUCCUUCAGAUAUGGUGGGUUGUAUCAUUGGCAAAGGUGGCUCGAAGAUUUCUGAAAUACGUAAAUUAUCAGGUUCCAGGAUAUCUAUCGCCAAAGCUCCGCAUGAUGACACAGGCGAACGCAUGUUCACCAUUCAAGGCACAACCGAAGCUAAUGAAAGAGCUCUUUAUCUACUUUAUGGUCAAUUAGAAGCUGAGAAAGAACGACGAUUACGUGGUGUUCAGCAACAAAAAAGAGAAGAAUCAAGUCCAGCAGUAGAAGUGCAAGGCCAGCAAGAAAAGGACAAAGAUAAGGAAGCUGCUGCAGCACCUUCAACAACAGAUCAUCUUGGUUAAAGCACUAUUCCAUUUUCUUAUUUUGAAUCUAUCUAUAAUCUUAUUAUAUAUACACAUGUACACACACAACCUCGCUUUCUAUCUUUACUAGACUUAGAAAAGCACGUAUUAAACACUUUUGAACACGCGCUCUCUAAAAAUCGCAUUUACAAUUCGUAUUUUGAACAG